GGUUUUCGCGACUUGACACCGAAGCAAUUGUCACUUGAUCUGAUCUUGUCCGGCUGGAGAACGUGAAGCACAUUCAUCAUGUGAGUAAGGAGGCUGAGUAUCGCGACGCCAUGUAAGACGACACAUGUACCGAAUUUAACACCGAAGUUCUAAGCGCAGCAACAGAACACCAGCUAACAUUUCUGUGCUGCUGGUUUGCAUCAAUCGAGGGAGGUUUGACAGUCCAAAAUUUCAUCGCUGUGAAAUCUCCUUCACCCCAAAUCCUUCACUCUGGUUAGUGUGUCGCAUCACACAGCUUACGCACUGCACUGUAAAUAUGUACCGGGCUUCGAUGAUUUUCCCUGAAACCGCGGCCUCAAUUGGGUUCGAGUGGGGAUCAAGUGUGCGGUGAUUCCCAACAUUUUAUUUAAUCAAUUUUUUCUUGAUCUGCAAUCAGACACACUGGUCUCAAUUCUGCAGUGCCCUCAUACAGACGAGCAGAGAGGGUCAGAUUGACGGAUAUGUGAUCGCCCAUUUCCGGGAGCUACUCAAAUUCGGAGGACGACGAAGACUUCAAACUUCCUGAAUAGUUCUGCAGGAUUCAUCUGAUGUGGAAAAUGAUGAGUGUGAACUUAUCUAGUCGCUGUUGAUUUGACUACCAUGGAGAAGUUGGAUUGUUUAGACUCAAUGGUUAUGGCCGUAGAUGGUGACGAGUAUUGCGGCAUAGUUCAAAAUCCUCUAUACUUUUGAUCCAUCUGUUGGUGGUGGAGACUCGGAAGAAGUGAUGGAUAGAAUUUGGGCAGAAGUUUUGAGACCUGCCCAGCUGACAGGAGCCGGGCGGCCUAUUUUCCAUCCCAAUGAGAUCGAGUGUCAGUUGGUAGAUGGUGUGGAAAUGCAGCUGGAGACUGUACCAAAUGCUCCUUCCUUUCGCAACGUAGUAGUCAUCCUAACUACUCAUCGAAUUGUAUGUGUGGAUGAGAAUUCGAAGAACGCUGGUGCUAUAGCUUUGGGAGCUGUGUGCCGUGUCUUCCCCCCGAAAAAAACACUGAAGAGCAUGUUCGUUGCUUCUCGAAUGAGAAUUCAGUUGUGGACUAAGAAUGGAUCGGUUGCGGAUGGAGCAAAUUCUGCCACAGAGUCAGCUAUCGUUCUAGUUAUGAUCUUUCGCGGUCAAACAUCUUCCGAUUCCUUCAUCUCAAAACUGGGAGAGGUAAUUGAGGCCAAGGCAUGGGAAGCAGAUAUCAAGAAUGUUAGGGUUGUGGCUCAACAGUCUAUAGCCGGGGGACCAGCUGGAAACAGCCACUCCGUACGUGGACCUGCGGACCAACUUGGCAGUGUGCCCCUAGUGCGGAAGCUUAAUCCUGCUAUGGCAGGCGUUUCAGGUAUAUUACGUAAAGAAAAGGAGCAGUUGGACGAGGCUGAUAAAAAUUUACAGGAGGCUUUUUCAGACUUGAAUGCUUUGAUGAGCAAAGCCAAGGAGAUGGUCAGCCUAGCAGAGAGAAUGCGAAUCAAGUUAUUAGCAGCUCCCAGUCAGCAAAUGUCAGCUGCAGACGACGAGGAGAUGGGAAAACAAGAAAUGCAGGAUUGGUUACUUAGUGUGGGUAUAGUUUCUCCAGUUACGAAGGAAUCUGCGGGAGCACUUUAUCAUCAACAACUUGCUCGUCAGCUUGCAGAUUUUGUGAAAGUACCCUUGCAGAAGUCGGGGGGAAUGCUAGCAAUGGUAGAUGUCUAUUGCCUUUUCAACCGGGCUCGUGGCACAGAGCUUAUUUCGCCGGAAGAUCUCCUCCAAGCAUGUACUAUAUGGGCGAGCAUUGAUGUACCAGUAGCAAUGAGGCGAUUCGACAGUGGAGUUGUUGUCAUCCAAUCUAAAAGUCACAACGAUGAGGAGGUGAGUAUGCGGUUGGAGAUCCUUGUGAAACAGCCUGAUGCAAUGAGACAAGGAAUCAGUGCGACCGAUGCUGCCCGUGCUUUAGGUUUAGCCCCUGCGCUUGCCAAAGAGCAUCUGCUUGCGGCAGAAAUGAGAGGUCAGUUGUGUCGAGACGAUGGAGCAGAUGGUCUUCGCUUCUUUCUCAACAUUCUUGUUCAAGUGGACAUCACCAAAGCAUUCCAAUAAAUGUUCAAACGACUUCAAAUUUUACGAAUUCAUAUCUCAGAUACAGGUUUAUCGCUUGCCUACGUAGUCAUGUACAGUUAUGGCACAUUUUUUCGCAUUCGGAUCGGACUGUAACUGGAUACCACGUUAUUAGGAGGCUCCACCCUCUAAUGUUGUUACUUUAAAUGUUCAUAUUUUCUCAUGUUUGAAAUUCCGGUCUCAGCUUCACACAAAGUCGGCAAAUUGGCCUCUCAAUGUCUAAGCUAGAAAGCUGGUGCUCCGUGAAUAUUUAGCAAUACGGAGUUGAAUGUUUCAACUGCUUUGCAAACAUUACCUUCUCAGUCUUAGAUUCAGAAGUGAUUACGAACAUCAAUAGAUCUAGUUUGUUGUUAGCAAGCGUGGGGUCCUUGACGGCUCUCAUGGGACGCUUGAAUUAGAUUUAAGUUCUUACAUCCUGGAGAUUCAAAUGUUCAGAAAAACGGUAAUGAGGAUCAGAGCCAAAAAUGUUGAUGUUAUAUUAUUUGGAGAAACUUUGCUAGAUUUAAAAAGCAGUUUGACUUGAUUUCCCUUCUGAAAAGGUUGAACGAGCCUCAGUCUUCUGUCCGCUAUUCAUGUUUGUACCUUAUGUAUAUAGAAAUUCUGCAACCACACCACUACACCGUUGGUGACCUUUAAGGCAGUGUGGCUUAUGGUAGCCGAGUCCCUAUUCACCCGGAAUCGGAGUAAACAGGUCGACAAGAUUUCAUGAUCACCACUAUAACCGUCAUUUUUUGGGUGGUCGGAGACCAUAGAAACGAGUUUGAAGUUAAUCUUACGACCUGCCUUGGUUUCUCUGCCUCUUGC